AUGAAAGAAGAAGACUGGUUAAAAUAUGCUGAAACAAGUGACAACUUAUGGAAUGACUCUCAAAUGAAUAAAUUUAAAUUUCCUGAAAAUCCUGGUCAUCAUGAUCUGAAUAGAAUGUGGGAUGCAGUAAGAAAUACUCUCAUCAAAACAGCUGAAAAAACAAUUCCAAAACGAUGGGUAUCAGAAUCAUUCAAAGACAUUAAAUCAAAAGAAUUGAUCAAAAAUUAUAGCUAUCUCAGGAAGGUUAACAAAAUUUUAAUUAAAUUCAACAACAUAAAAAUUUACAAUGACAAAAUACCUUCUCAGACUGAAUGGAAUAAAGACAUAAAGAUUUUAAAUAAUAUCAUCAAUAAUGAAUUAAAUUUAAUGCAACAAAAUCAUAUAAACAUCAAACAUCAUAAUGAAGAAUCCUUCUCAAUCAAAGGAGGCAAUACACCUUUAUACACAAUUCUUAAAGAAUCAUAUUACAAAAAUACAGCACCAUUAAAAAAUAGAUUGAUAAUGUUCCUUGACCAAUUAAGAUCAUAUGAUGGAUCUUACUUAUUGACAUGGAAAGAGAUCACUGAUAAACAUUUUAAUAAAAAAAAAUUUUCAAGGAAACCAAAAUGGAUGGAAUCAUUGGAAACUUCAGUUCUUCUAAAUACUAAUUCACAAAAACUAAAACCUCAAUGGCCAAGUAUGACAAACAAUGUGCAGGAGAUACAAAUCCCAUUAAUGAACAAUAGGAAAAAAGAAUGGAUUGGUGCAUGGCCAACAUGUGGAUCUGAACUUGUAUUAGGAAGAAUAGAAAAAAAAUCAAAAAAUAACAAAAUAAGGAUAGAACAUUGGAAUCACCUCAUUCAAAAUAUAGGAACUACCCCUACAUCAAACCCUCCUAUAUUAAUACAAUGCCAUGGAUGGUCUUAA